UCACUGUGCUGUUUGGUAUCAGGGUGUGUAACGGUCGGUGAUUCAUAGGCUUCACCUCACUGGCCCUGUGUGAAUCUGGUCCUGGUGUACAGAAACAGUGUGCAAUAUUUACUGACCAGCUGGUUUAAACUAAGAUGGUUGCUGUGGGUCCUGUGAUCGAUGCCUUAGUUGGAGCAGUUGGAGCCAUAACGAUGGCAACAGUCGCCCUGCCUGUCAUAGGCUUCACCUCAGCAGGCAUCACAGCUGGCUCCUCCGCAGCUAGCAUGAUGUCAGUCACUGCAGUGACCAGUAGAGGUGGAGUGGUAGCUGGGUCUAUGGUGUCAGUCCUCCAGUCUGCUGGAGCAGCGGGCUUGUCGCUGGCAGCGAAAGCAGCAGUGGCAGUUGUGGGAGGUUCAGUAGGAACUGGAGUGGGGAGGGCACUGAGGAGACCAUGAAAAGAUUACUCCACACAAGUCCAAUAGCUUCAAAAAAAGUCCAAUGUCUGAGUAAAAUAAUAUUGGGAUGAAACAUAAAUCAUAAAUAAUAGUAGGAACUUCAAGUCAAUCUCGAACAAGUAUUGAAACAAUGCAAGAAUAAAGUAUUUUUUUUUCAAGUAAAGCUAUGUCCUUACAUUAACAGCAAAAAAAAAAAAACAGUAUUGUAAUAAAGCUGUUAGAUUUCUGCAUGAAUGCAAUGGAUAUGUAUUAUACUAUUGAAGAGGAAAUGUAUUUGUGAUUUAUUUAGCAAUAAUUAAGCAAAC